CUGACAACAGUGAUUAGGUGCCAGCAGCAGCAACAAAUUGAACUUUCACUUGAAAAACUUAAAGCUGCACAGCUCAAUAAAUUGUUAAAAUUUGUUGGUAAAUCGAAUCGUAUUGAAUCGAAGUGAUGUAAACCACUUAUAUAUGGACAAUAUAUAAAAUAAAUGUAAAAGAUGGCAUCCAAAUAUGAGCGAAUUAUCAGUGAUUGCAGAUCGAGAAAUAUACUGUGGGAAGAUGUUGAUUUUCCAGCAAUACAAUCAUCCGUAUUCUACUAUCAAACGCCUCCAUUCACAUUUCAAUGGAAGCGCAUUGCCGAAUUAAAUAAUGCACAGGCCUCGUUCCUCAAUGAGAAUGCUGAAUUUGAUGUUAUACCUGGUAAAAUGGGCGAUCGAUGGCUAGUAUCGUGCUUGGGCGUAUUAUAUUCAUUGCGAAACUUAUUCUAUCGCGUUGUGCCCGCCGAUCAGGGACUGCAGAAAUCAUUGGGCAUCUAUCGCUUUCGCCUGUGGUGGUGCGGGGAAUGGGUGGAAGUGCUCGUCGAUGAUCGUCUGCCCACAAUCAAUGGACGUCUGGCAUUCAUGCAACCACAAUCUUCCAAUUGUUUCUGGGCAUCGCUGCUGGAAAAGGCAAUUGCCAAAUUACAUGGCUCCUAUGAGGCCCUUAAGUAUGGCACACGAUCCGACGGAUUAACCGAUCUUCUCGGUGGCGUUGUCAAGUGUAUGCCGAUUGUUGCCGACAGCAUAAGACCACAAACCCUUAAGGAUCAUCUGGUCACAACGUGCAUUGUCACCUGCAUCUCCGUAAAAAAUGCGACAGUUCAGAAAAAAAAUACAACCGAGAGGCUAUCAAAUGGGAUUCUUCUAAAUGUGAACUACAGGCUCUCUUGCUUGGAUAAAGUGGAAACUGUUAUGGGUGAUUCCGUGCAAUUGAUUCGCAUCAAGGAUACAUUUUCAUCGAAACCUUUUGGAGAAAAGACCAAUUUCGUUGGCGACUGGUCACCAAUGUCAAAGACCUGGGAGCGUGUCUCAGCCACGGAACGUGGUCGUCUUCUGGGUCAACUGGAGCUAGGAGAGUUUUGGAUCUCGUUUUAUGAUUUUGUGCAAACAUUUAGUACAUUGGAGAUUGUGUAUUUGGAUUCGGAUACGGCAAGUGGAGAGGAAAUGCUCAAGGGUCGGCCGCUUCACUGGAAGAUGAAAAUGUAUCAAGGACAAUGGAAAAGGGGAGUAACUGCCGGCGGUUGUCGUAACCAUGAAUCCUUUCAUAUAAAUCCACAACUAAUGAUAUCGAUACAGGAGAAACAAGAUAUUGUUAUAGCACUGAAUCAACAUACUGCUGUCGAGCCCAAAGUAAUUGGCUUCACGAUGUAUAUGUGGAAUCGGGACUACAGUUUGAACGAAUGUCUACAAAAGGAUUUCUUCAAGAAUCACGUGAGCUUCCUUAACUCGGACUAUGGUAACACCCGGCAUGUCAGCUAUCAUACCCAACUGGAUGUCGGGCAUUAUGUGUUGAUGCCAACAACAUAUGAGCCAGCUGAAGAAGCCCAGUUUACGGUCAGAAUAUUGGGAACAUCGACGUUCAGGCUGUCGUGCUUAGAGACCCAAACAAUGAUUCUACUCGAUCCAUUUCCAUCACUGAAAAGCGACGAUAAUGUCCAAAAGAUCAAGAGUGUUUGCCAAUAUGAGCCGGUUUAUAUGCAAUUGGCCGAUGAAAAUAAAACAAUAAAUUGCUUUGAGCUGCACGAAUUGUUGGAGGCAUGUCUGCCAAAUGAUUAUAUUAAGGGAUGUGCUAAUAUUGAUAUCUGUCGUCAGGUGAUCGCCCUGCAAGACAAAACCGGCAACGGCCGCAUUACAUUCCAACAGUUCAAAACGUUUAUGGUGAAUCUGAAAUCAUGGCAAGGUGUUUUCAAAAUUUAUACAAAAGAGAAAGCUGGCAUUCUACGUGCGGAGCGUUUACGCGACGCAUUAUACGACAUCGGUUUCCAGCUCAGUACGGACAUCAUGAACUGCCUUAUCCAGCGAUAUAUACGUAAAGAUGGCACUUUACGACUCAGCGACUUUGUAUCCGCUGUAAUGCACCUGACCACGGCAUUCAAUCAGUUCCAUCUGAAGAACUAUAAUCAGGUCAAUGUCAUAGAAGUGCAUCUGCACGAUUGGAUCAAAAGUAUAUUAAGUUGCUAAAAUUAAACCAUUUGAAUCUUGACUUAUUGCAAUAUGACAGACAAAAUUAUGAAUUUUAACCAUGUGCAAUUUGGCCACGUCCGUCGGCUCGUCAAUCCGUUAAUCUCUGCGACUUUAAAGUUCUCGCCAGUUUAUUUUCCACAAAAACAAA